AUGAUCAUAAUUUAUUUAUAUCAGCCCAUUAUCAUAAUUUAUUUAUAUCAGCCCAUUAUCAUAAUUUAUUUUUACCAUCGUCAUUGCCUGCUUCUCAAUUAUCAUUGUCACUAUCAAAAUCACCACCAUCGUAGUCUCUGUCAUCGUCUUUAUUACUAUCAUUAUCAUCAUCGUCGUCAUCAUCGUCAUCAUCAUCAUCGUCAGAAAUUCAUAAGAGAAGGAUGCCUGCAGAAACUUUCAGGAAAUGGGUACCAUCAAAGACUCUUUAUAUUGCUGAAUGACAGGUUGAUAUACGCCAAUAGGACCCCGAUGUCUUCUAACAGUUCGAAAUUCUACGUUUGUGGUAGUGUUCCUCUGUACUGUAUGCAGCAACAACAACUGAAAGAAAAUCUCGCAAUCAACAACGCAUUCAUCAUCAAAAUUCAACUGCAACAACAACAACAACAACGUCAAAAACAUCAACAACAACAACACAAAUUUAUAGAGGUGGCCGCCAGUUCAUCUCUAGAGAAAACCAAGUGGAUCGAAGAUUUGAACAGGGCUAUCACAAAUGCCAAAUAUGUACAUAGACAAUCAAAAAACAGUGCAGCUACUGCUGCUACUACUACUACCACCACCGCUACUACUAUCACUACUACUACUACUACUACUAACACAACAACAUGGUCGUCGUCACAGCUAUCAUCAUCGCCUCAUCAUGCUAACACUCUUAUGUAUGUUUGCUGGCACCGGAACACCAGUGUUAGCAUGUUUGAGAGGAGUCUGUCCAUGAAGAAUUUUCUCAGUGGUUUUCUAUUGAGAAAGUUCAAGAACAGUUCAGGAUGGCAGAGAUUAUGGGUGGCAUUCUCCAAUUUCUGUCUCUUCUUCUACAAGUCUUAUACUGAUGAAUUCCCAUUGGCCAGCUUACCCUUACUCGGUUAUUCAAUCAAACCCGUGGACCAAUCAGAGGGCCUCAUGAAGGAUCACGUCUUCAAGUUGACCUUCAAAAACCACGCCUAUUACUUUAGGGCCGAGAACCAGUACACUUACUCAAGGUGGUUGGAGGUGAUUAGUUCCACCAUUGAAUCCUCCCAUCAUUUUAGACUCUUCAGCAGGGCGGAGAGCUUUCCGCACUCUUCUUAGAAAUUGAAUUAACUUUUAAAAAUUCAAUUUAAUCAUUAUUUUAUCUAUGCUAACGUGUGUUGUUGUUGUUGGUUGGUUGGUUAUGACGGUGUCAACAUCGUUGGCAAGAAUGACGUCAUUCAUAUUGUUGUUGUUGUUGUUUUUGUUGUAGUUGUUGUUGUUGUUUUGGUUGUUUUCUUUUAGCUGAUACAACUGCUGUUAAUUUAUUUUCAAAUGAUUUUGUUGGCGUUGAGAGAGUAUCUAUUUUUAUUGUGUAUCAUGUUUUAAGUUUUUAUCUUAUCUUU